AAAAAAGGAAAGCGGGAUUAAGCUAAAGAAUCGAAUAAUAAAUGAGUUAUUUUAAUUGAUUAGUGCCUGGAGUAUGGGCGAACAAUAAAUAAAAAUAAAAAAAGCUGCGGUUAUCGAGAUUUUACCACCCGACAUUAGCACUACCAAAUAUUCCCGCCAAAAUUUAGCGAGCACGCUCGCACGCGUUUCCUAAACAUUAAUGACAGUCAUACUCGUCUGUCAAUUUGUUAUUAUUUCAGGAAUUCAAACAUGAUUGUUUAAAAAAAACGGUUCUUUUCGUCAAGCAGUAGUCCAGUACUUCAUCAAUUAAAGUUUUUUUGCGUGUCAAAAUGUUUAGAAGCAGGAUUUUCGGUACCCCGCCUGAACCUGUGUUCAAUAUGAAGACGGCAUGUUUGCCACCAGAGUUACUAGAAGAAGCGUUAUAUGCUCUUGCUGCUGAAAACGAAAAAAGUAUGAAUAGCGCCAAUGGCUUGCAAGGCUUUUUCAAAGGAGGGAAAAAUGCAGAAUAUGUUUUUCUCCUCUGUGAAGAAAUGGGUUUACCGACUCAAACCCGCUUUUUAGCAAUUGAAAUUUUUGACAGGUUCAUGGCAAAGCAUGUUUGUGAUCUUUAUGAUUUAAUACGUUCAAAUUCUGAGACAAACCUACAGAGAAACUGGAAAGAAGUGGAGAACAGAAUAAAGACUCAGCUGCCACUUCGAGUUAUGUCUUGUGUGCAGCUUGCGAGCAAACUGACUUCACAUUACAAGGCAAUAACCCCUAACAAAGGUCAGAGGUUCUUGAACUCAAUUGGUCAUUGUUAUACACUGGGGAGUAUAGUAAAGUCAGAGUUGCGGAUUCUGCAGACUCUGGACUAUCAUAUCUUAAUCACAACACCCUUAACAUUUCUGGAAACUAUCCUUGAGAUUCUUGGACACAAUGACACACAAGCACAAGUAAAAUUACUUCAUGACGCCAGUGUUAAGCUCCUUGACAUAGUCUACCUCAAGUUUGAAGAAAUUUACAGCAAGUUGUGUAUGGCUGCAACAGGAGAGAGUUGUGUUAAAGAUGGCAGACAAAGCCUGGCAAUCAUUAGUAGUGAUCUCAUGUUGCUUGCUGUUUCAGUCAUUGGGGCUGCAUCCUACAUUGUGAAUCAGACAACAAGUGACAUGGUAAUAGAGCAACUUGGUCUUAUCACUCAGAUUCCAGUGGAUGAUGUUUUAGACUUUGCCACAAUAAUCAUUGAGAAUACAUUAUAAUAUGAAGAUGGAGAUUAAACCUCAUUAAUUUUCAAGAUUACAAAGGUGGGAGAAAGAAGAAGAAAGAUACAACAAAUAUAUUAAUGAAAAAUACCAAAUUUAAAGUGCAAAACCAUAAUUUCUCAGCAUAACUUUUUAGUUGACCAUCAAAGCUACCAAAAAAACAAUUCAUUGGAGAAAAUCUUUAUUUAUGUACACACAUUCCACUUUGGUCUUAUUUUAAGAACUUCCAAAUAUCACCUGAACUAUACAGAAGGAAAAUAUUCUCAGGUACACUUGCAUUCAUUUUCAAAAGGUCAUGGUACCUCUUUCAAGUCCCUUGUACCAACCAACCAAAAGCACCCCAUUGCCAAGAAAUUGACUUACCAGUAAGAGUAAGGAUAAGAAGUAUUGUAAUGAUAAAAAAAAAA